AUGUUAUUUAAUGAUAUUUUAGUAUUCAAUUUAUUUUAUUUUUAUUUUAUAUAAUGCCGGCAAGAUAUCCAUCUGUUCAACAAAUGAUAGUUAAUGUUAUUAAAAGAUUUAAAUUUGAAGAUUUAGAAUCAUCUGUAAUACCAAUUUUUCCAGAAUUAUCAUGGACUGAUGUAAGAUCAAAAUUGGUUAAAAAUCAUAAAAAUUUUACAUCAGUUAAUGUAGCACAAAUUGUUAAAAUAGUUAUUACUGAAGCUAAACUUCAGAAGAAAAUUUUAAGAGAUCGAUUAUCAAUAUUACAAUUAAUUGAUAUAAGUUGGCAUAGUAAUAAAAAAGUUUGGUAUGGUUACACAUUAAUAGGACCUACAAAAGUUACAAGUUAUAUCAUAAAUAGAGAAAUUCAAAAUAUUAUGCAAGAUCAUUUUGAUUCAUUAGGUAUGAAAAUUAAUGUAAAAAUAAAUGCACACAAUGGCAUUAUAUAUGUUUCCUUAACUGAAAAUAAAACCAAGAAAGGAAAAAUUCAAUAUACAAUUCCAAUUUUUUUUGCUUUAUUUGUGGGACAAAAAUAUUUUUUUUCUACCAAAAAACAAAUUUCAUCUGAGAUUUUAGAAGCAAUAGUAAAAAGUUUGGGUUAUACAGAUUCUAAAAGAUUUAAAUUAAUGGGUAGAGAUCUUAAAUCAUUAAGUGAAUUAUGUUGGAAAAAAAAAGAAGGAACAAUGAAUUCUGAAAAUAUUAAUAAAAUAUUAAUAUUUAAAGAUGGUUCUCCUGAUAAAAAAGAGACAGGUAUAGAUUUUACUCAACAAAAACAACGGAAAAAAUAUGCCGAAGCGUGUUUUGGUGAUAAUCCUCCUAUUUUAGAAGUUCUUGUUGUAAAUGGACAUAGUAUACCUUUAUCACAUAAAGAUAUAUUGGCAAAAUUACCAAAUGAAAAUAUAGGUGCAACAUGGGAAUUUCGUAGUCAUAACAUUGUUGCAUGUUUAACAAAAUUAAUAGAACGACGUAUACUUAUUACACCUGUACCUUAUUAUAUAUCAAAUUUAUUGACAUUAGGAAAAAAUGAAUUAAUCCUUAAAAAUGAUUGACAAUUUAGGGUCAAAUGUCAUAUAAUACUAGCAUAAUGUUAAUGCAAAAAUUAUCUAAUUUAAUGAUUAUAUAAUUAUUUAAAUUUUAAAAGACAAAUUGAUAUUACAUUUUCUUAUAAUAUUUAUAAUUUAGUGUGUGCAAUUAAUCAAUUUUGAAAUAAUUGUUAUGUACAAUUUAACAUAAUUUUUAUUGAAUUAAUAGUAAAUAGAGUAU